AUGGCCAAAGUUUUAUCGGCAUCGAAAAUCAUCAUCUGGGACGAAUGCACAAUGGCGCAUAAACGUGCAUUAGAAGCACUUAACCGAACAUUGAAAGACUUACGGAAUGACUCGAGAUGUUUCGGAGGAGCAAUGAUUUUACUGUCUGGCGAUUUCCGCCAAACACUGCCAGUAAUUCCAAGAUCUACGGCUGCCGACGAAAUAAACGCUUCCCUCAAAUCGUCGAAUCUAUGGCGCUAUGUGAAGAAACUGCAGCUGAGAACAAACAUGAGAGUUGCAUUGCUUAAUGAUAAAUCUGCUGAAGGUUUGUCUGAGCAAUUGCUGACUAUCGGUAAUGGUCAAGUACCUGUCGAUGAAUCGAGCGGAUUGAUAUCAUUUCCAAAUAAUUUCUGUAAUUUUGUCUCAUCAAAAGACGAACUUAUCAACAAUGUAUUUCCAGACAUUAUUUCUAACUACAAAAAUAAUUAA